GCCGCCGCACGCUGACCUCCUGACAGUCUCCGCCCCCCUGCGUCUGAGGGAGGAGCCGACCAAUCAGAGAGGUGAGGGAGCGGGUCAGGAGAGGCUGUCUGCACCAAUCAGAGAGCAGCAUGGAGGGCCCGCCUCCUAUGCACAGACCCCGCCCCCCGUCCACAGAAAAGCCCAUAGGAAGACCAACAGGAGGAAAACAAGCGACUCCUCCACCCCCUCUCCUCCCACAGGCCACGCCCCCCCCGGGCCCUGGCAGUGCUGGCAGCAGGAGAGGAGGGCGGGGCUUAAAGUAGACGCGUUCUCUUCAGACCAGAGCGACUCCAUGGACCAGACCAUCGAGCAGGUGAUCCAGGUGUGUUGUCACGGCUCCUCGGACAGCUUCCACUUCAGCCUCCCGGUCUCCAUGGAGACGCAGAGUGAGGGAUGGGACUUACCUGUGCAGCGAGGCCUGGAGAACACACCUGUGCAGGUGAGCCGGGAGGACCUGUGCCGGCUGACGGAGGCUCAGAUCCACCUGACGGAGGCUCACCUGCAGCACCUGUACUCCGCCCGGUUGGACUCCGCCCUCCAGGGGGGCGGGGCUUGGCGGGACGAUGGCUUCCUGUCUCUGCCCAUAGAGGAAGUGCUGCCGGCGCCUCAACAUAUCCCAGAAUCCUUCAGGGGAAAGAGCUGGAACCAGAUUCACCUGGAGGACGAGGAGCAGGUGGAGAGGCUGGUGAGGCAGUUCAGGGGCGGAGCCUUCCUCUGCUACUUCGACUCUGAGUCACUGGCCAGGUACGGGAGGAGGCGGAGUCAGAUCCAGAAAGGUGGAGGUGAGAACCUGGAGGCGGAGUCUGACCCUGGCUUCCUGCCCCUAUUGGACGGUGAUGAGCAGGUGUGCGUCAGGAGGAGGCGUGGCUUCAGAGUGGCGUCCAGGUGCCAGGUGGUGAAGGUGAGUCGCAGCACUCAGACCGUCCGGUUGGUCGUCCCAGCUGUCCGUCAGUCAGAGGCCCCGCCCCCCGGAGUCCCGGUUGUCUGUCAGUCAGAGGCCCCACCCUCCGGAGUCCCAGCAUCCAAUCAGGAAGCCGAGAGGACCCCUGCGUCGUGGCGCUGCCUUCCUGCAGAGUAUUACGACAUCCUGACUCCUCUGCAGCCGCGCAGCUCCCUGAUCUACCUGCUGAGCCCCGCCCUCCCCCACUCACCUGCAGCAGGCCCCGCCCCCCCACACACAGGCCCCGCCCCGCUACACACAGGCUCCGCCCCCCGGGGCUGCAGGAAGAGGCGCCCGCAGGCCUGUCAGGGGUCCAAAGUCAAAUACAAACCACUUCCUGUCCGCUUCUACAACCCAACCAGCAAGCGCAUUCUGAAGCACCCGCCCCCCUCCCGAGGCCCCGUCCCUUCAUGCCCCCCCCCCUCCCUGUGUCCGCCAGCUGUUCCGCAGUCUGAGUCCGGACCUGAACACUGAGGGGGAGGGGACUUCCAGGAUCAAAGCCCCGCCCCCUCACAGCAGGGGGCAGAGGCCACGCCCCCUCAGGAAAACCAGGUCUCAGGCUGCCCCCCCCAGAGAGGGUCUACCCCCCCCCUCCCUCCCGCAGGGGGAGGGGCCGCCGGGGUAACUGCCCUUCAAAAUAAAAUGUAAUAUCUGUAUUCUCUGUGAGAGGUCAUAUCAUUAAUAAUGAAUGUAUUAUUCAGUGGGGGUCUUUAAUAUGUUUAUAAAGGUUUACAGGGACUCUGGACAUUUAAUAAAGUUAUAGUUAUUUUUAAAAACAAGAAAAAG